GUCAAAAAAUCGACAUGGUGGAAAUCUAAGCACAGUUUUGGAAUAACUUUGUCUCCGAUUUCGAUUGGACUAACCUUCUGACCCGACAAAAAGUGAUGUGAAAACCUAAGGAACGUCGGUGGAACGGAAUAUUAGCCGUGGCAAUCAUUCUUGGAACCACAGCACCAUUCAGAAGUCAACGACAAUUAGUUUGACGCCAUUUUGUAAACAUUUAUUUCAACCAGAGGGGACGUAAUUGACAAGUAAAACAUGACGAAUCUCGAAGGAAACAAUCGCAAAUGGACACAAGACGAAAUCAUAAACAAUACAAAAAACGUUGUUCGUGGAUUAGAGACCUUGAAAAAUGAACAUUCAGGAAUCUUGAGCAACCUUAGUUUGAAUCGUGAUGGUUCAUCAGAUUUGGAUAAGGAGAAGGGGUCUAUCGUCCAAGAAUCAGUCGAGAAGAUAGAGUUAGGAUUGGGAGAAGCGCAGGUAAUGAUGGCACUUUGUAGCCACCUGAGCACUGUUGAAGCUGAAAAACAGAAACUUAAAGCACAAGUGCGAAGACUUUGUCAAGAGAAUGCCUGGCUUAGAGAAGAACUGUCUGUCACUCAACAGAAACUGCAAGAAAGUGAACAGAAAGUUGCUCAGUUGGAAGAAGAAAAGAAACACCUAGAAUUUAUGAACUCUCUCAAAAAAUAUGAUGAGGAUAAGCAUGAUGAAGGAAUUGAGAAUGACAUCAGUAUGGACUUGCUCUCGCAGGAUGAAGAGGAAGUAGAAGAUGUUGAUGAUGAAACACUAAGUCAGGCAUCAUCAGCCACCUCAGCAAGUGCAUCAGGGGUUUAUGAAAUCCCAGCUCGUCUCAGAACACUGCACAAUUUAGUUAUACAAUAUGCCUCACAGGGUCGAUAUGAAGUGGCAGUUCCACUCUGCAAGCAAGCACUGGAAGAUUUAGAAAAGACGUCCGGUCAUGACCAUCCAGAUGUGGCAACUAUGCUCAAUAUCCUUGCUCUUGUCUACAGAGAUCAGAACAAGUAUAAAGAGGCUGCCAACUUGCUUCACGAUGCACUGACGAUCCGAGAAAAGACACUCGGCGAAGAUCACCCUGCGGUGGCUGCGACUCUUAACAAUCUAGCGGUUCUCUACGGCAAGAGAGGAAAAUAUAAAGAAGCUGAGCCCCUUUGUAAGAGAGCCCUGGAAAUACGAGAAAAGGUCCUCGGCAAAGACCAUCCCGAUGUCGCUAAGCAGUUAAACAACUUGGCUUUAUUGUGUCAGAAUCAAGGAAAAUACGACGAGGUUGAACAGUACUAUCAACGGGCUUUGGAAAUUUACACAACUAAACUUGGCCCAGACGAUCCUAAUGUGGCGAAAACAAAGAACAACCUGGCGUCCGCAUAUUUAAAACAAGGAAAAUACAAAGCGGCUGAAACGCUGUACAAGCAGGUGCUGACCCGAGCCCACGAGCGGGAAUUUGGACCUGGAACCGAAUCUUCUUUAGAAGAUGAUGGAAAACGCGGGAAAGACAACGCGCCAUAUGGCGAGUAUGGUGGUUGGCAUAAGGCGGCCAAAGUGGACAGCCCUACUGUCACCACAACACUCAGGAAUCUGGGAGCGUUGUACCGCAGACAGGGCAAGUUUGAAGCAGCGGAGACGCUUGAGGAGUGUGCGCUGAGAUCACGACCGAAUGUUAGUCGAGAGGCUCUUGAUGUUGUUCGCCAGACAAAGGUCGCACAACUUUUGGCAGAAGAUGUGGGCGGUGCAUCAUUUUCCUCCAGCAGUGUGGCUUCGUCCUCUUCCUCCUUGAACGGCAAUGGAAGCAAAUCCUCCAUAGAACCAGAAAGAGAUGAUCCCAACGACGAUAAAAAGAAUGGAAAACGCGAGAAGACAUUUUCACGCCUUAAGAGAACGUUGAGUAGCCGCGGUCAAAAGCUGAUGGAAAAGAUGGGUGCCAGUGGUACACGGCUUCAGCGGUCGUCGUCACGUGAUAACCUAGCCCAUCACGCCAAGCUGUCGCCGUCAGAGAGGAUUUCACGUAGCACUCCCAUGCUCGCGCAGCCACAACCUGAUCCCGACCGGAUACGGUCAGGGAGUGUUAGCACCAGGGGUACCCCGUUGGGGCCUUGAAAAGUAGCACCAGGAUACCAUGCAAGGGGAAUUGUCGAUAAAAUAUGCAGGGACGGGAAGGAGAACAAUUGUAUAAUAUUUGUUAGUAUGUUAAAAUUUAUUGGACCAAAUUUACUCUUGAAAUUAGUUUCUAGUCAAUUUGAGGUUCACCUUUUAGUGGAGUAGGUCAAUUUAAUUUUCAAAAAUAAGCGAAGAUCUGUCAAGUCAUUUAAGGUUUGGGAAGAGAAAAAAGCGUCGGGUUGAUACGUUAAAUGUUUGUAAUUGUGUCAAAAUAAAUCCAGAAUUGAAUUCUUCACUCUGCUAAAACAUGCGCUAAAAUACAAAACCAAUCGUGUCGAACGUGCGUGACACGUAAUUAGUGCGUGGGAUCUGAUCGCGUGUAUUUCAACCCUUGUGUUCUAAUUGGUUCAUUCAUGAUCACUCCAAAUGGUUGUUACUGUGGCCUUUGGUAUGACAGAAAUUCCCUGCAAAACACUCAGAGAGAGAAUUCUAACUGGCAAAAUUUUGGCCAAGUGCGAGCAGAAGGCGUUCAUAUCUGCUCUUAAUUCUGUUAGAACUUAACAUUACUCGACUUCAGGGAUCCAUUGAACCUUACCAAAGAUUUUACUCCGGCUAUCUUUGUAUUUUACACAGGCUCCGAGUUAUCUUAUGUAAUUUCCGAAAAUGUUUGCUCUACAAUUUGGUUAAUGAAAACAGAAUGUUAGUAGAUAUUCUAGAACUUUGCUCAUCUUUUAGAAUCGUCCCGUAAAGCAGACUGACUUUACCUCCUAAAUUACUCUACAAUAAACGAACUAGCUGAUAUGUUUUAACUGGGCCUGUCGAGGAGACAUUUGCUUUUUAAAAUGUUUGUCCUUUUUUUUUCGGUUUGCAAGCAUUCAUUUUGGUCAAUUGAGAGUUUAUGUGAAGCUUUGUUGUUAUCUUAAGAGCCGAAAUCUCUAUUACUUUUUAUCAGUCAAAUGAAUAAUUACAUGAAUUUUAUUAUUUAACGUUGUGGCUGUAAAUGCCUAAGGGUCUCUUUAGACAACCCCGCGGAAUUUGUUAGCCCGGACUGGAUCAACCCGAAGGGUACACCUCUUUCAGGCAACUGGGUCAGUCUCCAAUCACCCCUCCCUCCCCUGGGGGAUUAGCCCUCAUUGCCGGGUAUCUCGUGCCGAGACCCGGGUCACUCCACUCAGAAUAGUUUAAAUUUUUUUCAUUUAUUUUAUGUGAACGGCGGCUAAACGUCAAUCUGAGUCAGUUAUACUAUCACUCAAAUAAUCAUAGUCGUUUCAUCUUUCAUUUUUGGCACUAUGAUCUGCCCUCGUUUUCGCGUCGUACGUCAGUAGAAAGACUGACCCAGGUCACUCUCGGGGAGUCAACCACGCAGGAAUGUAGAUAGGCGACCUGGAUAUGAAUUGCGUAUUUUAACUUCGGUGAUAAUUUAACCCGGGGUAUAAAUGAACUAGGGGUUGUGUAAAGAGGUGUCAUGGGGCGUUUAAGUUAGAGAAGUUGUGAAAUAAAUUAUGACCGACCGAGA